GAUGAGUCUGAUGAAGAGGAUGUUGCAACUGAUCGUACAGAAAGUCGUGACACAGGUGAUACAAUUUGGGAACGGCUUGCAAGGCACUAUCCUUCGAUUGCAGAUAUGUCCUUUGGGGAGUUUGCAUCUGUAGAUGACGAUCUAUUCACAGAGAGGCAACUGACCGCCGAGGAUGCUACAAGAGAAGCACUUGAGGCAGCUAAGUCAACAGAAGACACAGAGUCUAGGGCCGAUUGUAGUGAGGUAGAAUCCGAAGAAGACGAGGUCGAGAUAGUAGAACCGCCCAAAAUACUUAGUUCCCUACAAGCGACAGAACAUGUAAGAAACUUAAGGGAUUUCGUUUUGUCGUCAACAGAGUCAGGUGAAAAAGAGCAUGAGUUUUUGUUAUCGUUAAGCAGAAUGGAAGAGACCUUUACUUUGUUAAGCGUAAAUAGAAAGCGCCAAACUCUAAUCGAAGAAUUUGUAUAAACUGGAYUGAAAAUGCGUUAUUAUACAGUACAUGUACUGUACCUGUAAUAGUUUUGUUGACAUUGCUUUAGUUACUGUACAUUCUUUGACGGUCGUGGAUAUUCAAAUUAAACUGGUUGAACUAUUUGUGAAGAAUUUGUUUACUGUAUUUAAURUUUACAAGUAAAAAUACAUUACAAUGCCGGACUUCGAUUUAACGAUAUUUUUACAUAAAUAUCGUAAAAUCGAGAACCUCCGUGCAACGAUACCUCGAUUUAACGAUAUGAUUUUUUUCCCCCAAGGCGUAUCGUAAAAUCCAGGUUCCACUGUAUUGACAGUGAAGACAUCCAAUAUUCCUCCUCAGAUAUCAUUGGAAGCGGUACCUAUGGUACAGUAUAUAGGGGUAAGUGGGCCGACACAGAAGUCGCGAUUAAGCAAGUAAAAAUGCGAAAUGCAGCUCGUCUUYGUUCYGUCGUUAACAAAGAGGCAAAGGUACAAAGCUUAGCUCGGCACCCGAACAKUGUACAAAUGAUGGCAAUUUCCUAUACAAAGAACUCUAUUUAUUUAGUACCCGAGCUUGUAAAUGGCCGAAACCUAGAGGAUCUCUUAUUUAGUGACGAUGACGCGUUUUCUUCAAGUAUUGACAAGUUAUCUGUUGCAAAGCAACUCUCACAAUCAGUGGCAUACUUACACAAUUUACGUCCACCGAUUGUGCCCAGAGAUAUCAAGCCUGCCAAUGUACUAGUGGACGACCACACCCAUGUCACCAAACUUUGCGAUAUGGGAUUAAGCAAGCUGAAAUSUUCUAAUUCUGUAAGUAUGACCAAAGUAGGAACUGYGACUGGCACGUCAGCAUAUAUGGCACCUGAAUGUUUAAUASAUAACAAAACAGCCACGACUGCCAGUGAUGUCUGGUCCUUGGCCUGCACGCUUCUGGAACUUUUUACCGAAAAAGAGUGCUGGGAGAUUGAAGAGAACGACUGCACUGAUGCGCAGAAGUUCAUUACCGACUGUAUGAGGAAAGGGGAAUCUCCUCCUUCAUUGUGCUACCUUCUUGGCGCCGUCGGUGAUUCGCAAAGAGGCCUGGAGGUAAUAAUCUGUCAGUGUUUUAAUUACAGAAUGGACGAAAGACCAAAGGCCCUUGGCAUUGUUGAGGAACUGACAACUUAAUUCUGGAAGUUUACAUUCAAACAAGAAAUAUGACAUAUUAGAACGGGUAUAUUAGAACUUGAAUAGGUAUUUCCGAUUUCCUAUUUAAAUUUGUUACGUUUUUA